AUGGCCGAGCUUGCCGGGGAAUGGAUCUUGCGCGCAUGCAUCAUGCAGUGCGAAGAUGCAGUGCUGGGUCGAUUGCAUCUGACGGAGUCGGGGGAAGUAGUCUACCUGACCAUGGCCGGGGACCUCCUUGGAAGAGGGCUGGGAUUCUGGGUGUCCGAUGGCCCUGUUCUGGGCUUCCAGGUUGACAUCUUCCAGUAUGAGGCAGCUUCGACAAAGCACGUCCAGACGGAGCCUCACCGCUUCAGAGGAUUAAGCAAGUUCCCUGAGAGAGGUGUUUGGGUUGGAGAAUGGCAUUUCCUCGCCUUCCAGCAGCCACCUCGAGUGGUUGGACGCUUCCAUGCACGGCGCUCCAAUCCAAACCUGGCCAUGCCAACUCUGACGCAAAAGCCACUGGAGGACCUGCCAGCCAAAGCCAAGAACAAGGUUUUGUCAAAGCUGGAGAAGCUUACAGAGCCAUUCCCCAUGCUGCACCCGUCCUGGGUCCCGCAUCACCUUGCAGGCAAAAUUGAAGAUGUGCACUACGUCCGAAAUUUCUUAGAGCCGAAGCAAGUUGAAGACUUCGAGAGAAUCAUCGACAAGACGUGUGAUUGGGAGCGAAUGAGGACACGCGACACGCAGGAGUUCGGGUCCUCAGGGCAGUGUCCGUGUGGUCGAAGCUUGAUGCGGGCUGCGCUUCCAGCGUGGCAGAGCAGCUUGGUGGAUGCGCUGGGAACCUUGGGAGUCUUUCACCCUGUCUUGUUUCCAGCCAACAGUGUCCGCCUGAACGCUUACAAGCCCGGCCAAGGCAUUUUCCCACAUUUGGAUGGCCCUGUGUACUUUCCUCGCGCUGCCAUCAUUAGCCUGGGCUCACACUGCAUUUUCGACUUCUACCCACGCCAAGACGAGCCUGCUCGCGGCUUCGCGUGGGAUCGAGACAAGGAGGUACCCUCGUCACCUGACCUACCACCGGGGACGACGCCACAGCUGAGCCUCCUUUUGGAACCGGGAAGCUUGCUGGUGUUCUCCGGCGAUGCCUUCAUUCAGCACAGGCACGGCAUCAAGGCGGUGGAAGAAGAUGAAAUUACAAAGGAGGUCAAGAAUGCAAAAGACAUCGGGCUCUCGGUUGGAGACGUGAGACGAAUGUGCCAGGCACCGGCACCGGCAGGCCGGCACAAAGAGGAAGACUUGAAGUUGAAGGCAGCCUGGCGGGAGAAUUUCUUGGACCCGGCUGCCACCGCACCUCAAGACCAAAAGAAAGGUGCGGGGCCUGAGCGCAGACCCCUGCGGCAGAUCCAGGCAGUCGUGCAGCCGUGCCAGCUUAGCUUAACAUUCGACAAAAAGGAGGAGUCUGACUCGGAGGAUUACAGAAACCGCUGGAAGCGCUGGGCAGCAGACAUCGAGUUCCGCCUGGCUUCUUUUGACACAGGUGUGGAGGAGGUUCUCAGAGAGAGCCCUAACCACACCGACACGGACCACACGGACCACACGGACCAUGGGGUCCUCUCGCCACCUUCAGAGGCUUGGAGGCCCUCGGAACAGCUUCGACUUCUCCAGCUUCCACAGGUGCCAUCAACGCUCUUUCAGCUUUCUCCCGAGCGGAGUUGCAAUUAUAGCCCUGCAAGUGCUGUGGGCAUGGAGGAAGUGGAGAAUUGCAAAGGAGACACAUCCUCACUGGAGAGUUUGCAGCUUGAUGAUUUUGAUUUCAGUUUCAUGGAACGGGCUGAGAAGGAGCCGCGGGAGCCAUUGGAGCCAUGGGCCAUUUGCACACAGAGUUCAAAGCAGCUGACACCGCUGGCAAGUGCAAGGCAGAAGGAGCCGCUUCCUUCCUGGAACUUUGACUCACUCCGGACCUCCUCUCUGGACAAGUUUGCGCGUUUCAGCGCCUGGAGCUGCCAGCGCGAAGUGGCACUAAGCCGCCUAGAAGCUGUGCUUGCAACAUCAGAGUCCAAAGCCUCCCCCUCCAAAGCCCCCUCCCCAAAAAGGAAGCUGCAUGCAGUCGACCUGCACACUCGCGGCCAGCAGUGGCUCGAGGCAAAGAAAGCAAGGGAGCACCAGCUACGAGAAAACCAGCGAGAAGCAGAGCUGCAGCAGUGCCCUUUCCAGCCUCAAACAUCUCUCCAGUCUUCCCAGUCUUCCCAUGUUCCCCAGUUAAAGCGCACGCGCUCCCUCUGCUCGCUGUAUGAGCGGCAGAAGCGCUGGCAGGAGCUCCUCUUGGAGAAGCGAGACCGCCAGCGCCAGAAUCGGGAGGAAGGAGGAGAUCCUUUGACCGCCAGACCCAGAGCGGGCAGAGCUGUCGGAGCACACGAGGCGGACGCUGCCUUCGAGCGCUUUCACGAGCGGAAUCGCAAGUGGCUCAGCACGCUCGAGCGCAGAGAGGCCGGAGCUGGCAUAGCUCGCCCCUGGGUCGAGAUGCGCAAAGAAAAGAAAGCCCUCGUCAAGUCCGAAACCAAGCCGAAAAGAUCUGAGCGGCGCGAAGCCGAAGCUGCCGAAGCUGUUGAGCAUUGGGAAGUCUUGGAGGUCAAGGAGCAUCUGCAGGCCAUCCACCGCGGGCUCCGUAGCUCCAAGUCCUCUGAGAGCACGCCAGUCUGGCAGAAGGCCCUGAACGUGGAGGUGGCUCGUCUCCACGGCGCCGGUGCGGCUCCAUUGCACCGACGCCUUGCCGAAAGGGCACUUGAUUCUGAGCAGAAGCAACUCUGA